AUUCUAAUAAUCGAUCAAACCUGACAGAGUAGAACCCUCCCACCUGACAGAGUAGACCCCUGGGGAGGGGGUGUGGGAUGAAGGGGAUAAGAGCAGUUAGCCAGUCCAAAUUUUGACUAGAAGUUUGGACUACAAUAGAGCUCCAUUGAAGGAUUAGAAAACCCAUCGAUACAGUAUUUAGUCUGGAGACUGGAGAGAGAGAUCCGAUCAAAGGAUUAAAAUCAUUUAUUGUACAAAAUCUCUGCUUUUCCCAGAGAUAUGGAGCGAGGACCGGCUAUUGUGUAUAACAGAAAAUACUGUUUCUCUAUUUAUUUUAUGUUGGAUGAGGAGUUGGUUAUCUGAACGGGCUGUAGUAUAAAAACAUCUAUCUAUGGCGUCCCUAAUACGUGAAUGGGUUGGGAUCAACACGUUCGCUUCAGCGACACAGACUAAAUUGCUUGAAUUGCUGGGGAAAAUUAAGCAGGAGAAUGGGAACACAUUGACAAUACUAGUAGUGGGGAAAGGUGGUGUUGGGAAGUCAUCAACUGUUAACUCGAUUAUAGGGGAAAGAGCAGUGUCUGUUAAUCCCUUUCAGUCUGAAGCAACAAGGCCAUUUAUGGUGUCACGUGCAAGUGCUGGGUUUACUUUGAACAUUAUUGACACUCCGGGGCUAAUUGAAGGAGAAUACAUCAAUGACCGGACACUUGAGAUUCUAAAACGUUUCCUUCUGAACAAGACCAUCGAUGUUCUACUCUAUGUGGACCGUUUGGAUGCUUAUAGGGUCGACAACUUGGAUAGGCAGGUAGUUAAGGCCAUAACAGAGUGUUUUGGUAAAGGAAUAUGGAAUAGGGCUUUGGUUGUUCUCACACACGCUCAGCUCUCACCACCUGAUGGAUUUUCUUACAAAGAUUUUUGCUCCAAAAGGUCAGGGGCUCUUCUAAAAGUUGUUCGUCUUGGUGCGGGGUUAGAAAAGCACGAUAAGCAGGAGUUUGCUAUCCCUGUUGUCUUGGUUGAGAACAGUGAAAGAUGUAAUAAGAAUGAAACUGAUAAAAAGGUUCUCCCAGAUGGAACUGCGGGGAUUCCGCAUUUAGUCAAAACAAUCACAGACGUUGUGUUGAAUGGAAGCAAGUCUAUUUUGGUUGACAAGAAGCUGGUUGAAGGGUCAAACCCCAAUGAGAGAUGGAAGCUCCUUAUUCCGCUUAUUUUUGCUUUCCAAUAUUUCUUUGUGGUGAAACCAAUAGAGCGCGCAAUCAAGAAUGAUAUUGCAAAGGAGGGUCGAGCGUCAUGGUACAAGAAGGAUUAUGGAUGUGACCAAUCUCGGCUAUCAUGAAAUUGGAAUUUUGUUAAAUAUGAAGCAUUAUUCCUGGCGCUGAUGGCAUCUCUAUGAUUCUGCACACUCUGCACUCUGCAAUAGUAGUAAUCUAUGGCAGAUGGACUCCGUGGCGUUUUGAGAGAAUGUUAUUUUUUAUUUUUAUUUUUUAAUACUCAGAUAAAUGAUGCCGUUUGAUUUUUUUUUAGGUAAUGCUGCAUAUGUAGUAUUCAUUUUCAUAAAUCAGUUUUUGUUUUAAUAUAAUAAGUCCACUAAGAGGCACUUCAUCGCCUA